AUGCAGACAACCGACACUGGUCUCCUCUUUCAAUCGUCUCAGCAACUCGCCGAUGCAUCGACGCGCGAGCGCAAGAUUGUCGCUGCUGAAAAAGUCGGCAACCCCAUCAAGGUUACUAGCAAGGUGCUCGACCUUGUUGUGCGUGGCCAAGAUGCGUGGACAGCAGAGUCUGGCUGGCAAGCCCGUCGACUUGACCUCAACAUUCUGUACAAAGGUCACAAGGGUCCUGUCACUUCCGUCCGUUUGCACCAGGUUGGAGGCCAGCGACCCUGGCUAGCUCUUAUCACUUCGUCGUGGGACAAGACUAUCCGGAUCUGGGAUGCCGAUUCUGGCCAGUUGGUCCACACUUUGGAAGCUCACAGCGAUUUUGUCAAGUCCACGACUGUCCUGCCCACUGUCCCUCCCAUGCUACUGUCAACCUCGUCGGACAAGUCAUUCCGCCUCUGGGACCUCUCCCCUCUUACCGAGAAGGGUAUUCCAGUGUCCCGCCAGGUUGUGAAAGAGCACACCCGGCCUGUGGAUUCGGCAGCAUAUGCGUUGUGCGAAGAGGAGCCUUCCAUCAUGCUCGUCUGGACAGCUGACUCUAUGGGGGUGCUGAAAGAAUGGAAGAUCUCCCAUUUGCCCACAGGCACCUAUCCUCUGACGUUUGUCCGCGAUUUGCCUGGCCACGAGACGAGCAUUGCCGGCUUGGCUCGUACCGAUGACGGACUGUGGAGUACGCGUCUACAUGGGACCACCCCCGUCAUCCUGCAGCACCCAAGCUACGUCAAGUCGAUUCUCCCGAAUCCGAACGGCUUACCGUACAUUGUCACUGGGUCUGAGGAUGAGGACAUCAGGGUGUGGGAUGCUGCCACCCUCGACGGCGACCACAACCAGCCUGUGGCAAUUGUCUCCGGUCACUGUGGCGAAGUCUCUGCUUUGGUCACCUGGAUUAAGGAUGCCGGUGGUAAGAAAGAAGUGAUCAUCGUGUCUGCAGGCCUGGACGCCACACUGAGGCGGUGGUCGAUUGACGAUCUGCUCAACCCGGUGCCGUUAAACUAUGAGCCAGUGAAGCCAAACAGUGGGGCAACCAUGACUGAGGAGGAGGAGCGUGAACUGGCGGAGUUGAUGUCCGACGAGGACUAA